AAGUAGGGUUAUACUAGCACUAUACAUUGAAAUGCCACUUUUACCCUAAUAUGGGUUUCAGUCUGGUUAUAAAUUUGGACCGGAGAAAAGCUCUGUCUGUUGUAGGGAAAGGGAAGAACAAAGGCAGUGCUAGUAGUAGUAGUACUGUUUAUAAGUUUCAGUAGCGAAAAUGGUUUCUCAAAACUGGCGUCUCAAAGCGCCAUUUAUACUACUAGUGCUGGUAUUUAGCACAGCACACUCGGAAAUAUUAUCCGAGAGUAUAGAGAAGAACAAUAUUAGAAAGGGCGUCUACUUGUCUCCCAAAAUGGAGAUGGAACCAGGAGAUGUGGCGUUUUACUACUUCUACAACAUUGAUUUCCCGAGAAAUCAUAUUGCUCUCAAGAGUUUCAACGCAGAGGUGGUCGAUGAUUUUGGGAAUUCAAUCCCUUUAUACGAGGUUUACCUUCACCAUACUUACAUUCUAAGUUAUUACCAACGUAAGGGUUCGUAUAUACCAGAUGUCCUCCAGACAGAGAUUCUACCAUCAGAACCAGAUUUCCUGUACAAGAGGAACGAUGGGGUUUGUCCAAAUAGUACUCUCGGACAGUUCAUUGCCCUUAGUUCUGAAUUCAGAGGGACACCCACAAACAUUCCUGACCCAUAUGGGGUCGAGCUGAACAAUCCAGCUGAAGUUCCUGAUGGUUAUGAGCAAAAAUGGUUUCUGAAUGUCCACAUAAUCGAUACCCGCGGCGCGGUGGAUAAAGUGGGAUGUGGUGAGUGCAGGUGUAAUUUGUAUAAUGUUACUAAUGAUCAGUUUGGGCAGCCGUUGAGUCCUGAUUACUAUGGAGGUCUCAAGUGUUGCUAUGCUCAUACAAGAUGCAAGGUGAAGGAAGGAUUUGAGGCACCGAGGAGGGUUGUCCGAAUGAAAUACACUGUGACAUGGAAAGACUGGGAUACCUCUAUUGUCCCUGCUAGACUCUAUUUGUUGGAUAUUACUGAUAAUAUGAAGAUGGUUAGAGAUUCAAAUGGAGUAGCUCACCCAGAGCAUGAUUGUCAGAUUGAGUACAUAUUGGAGCCUUGUGAGAAGAAGGAGUCGACUUAUGGUAUAUGCAUCGACACCAAGAGAUCAAGAAUCGUCCUCCCAAAGGGUGGAUAUCUCAUCUCCGCUGUAACCCACUUGCAUAUUGGAGCAAUUAGUCAAACUUUGUAUGGGGAGGAUGGACGUGUUUUAUGCCAAACCAUACCAAUCUAUGGAGAUGGGGAUUCAGCAGGAAAUGAGGCUGGUUAUGUUGUGGGUACAACCCCAUGCUAUCCUGAGCCAGGAUCUGUGGUGAUUAAAGAAGGAGAGUUUAUAACGCAUGAAAUGGUUUAUAAUGGAGCUCGGAGGCUCAGCGGAACCAUGGGGCUUUUCACCAUUAUUGUUGCAGAUGAGGUUGCAGAGCUCGAGUCUGGCCCUCGUUACCUGGCUCUGAUGAAUAAUUUGGUGAUUUCAGCUGGUUCAAGAACUGUGAUUGGAUUGUUGGGAAUGGUGGCGGCUCUGUUGGCGGUGGCAGUGGCUGUCCUGGUCAGUGUUGUUUACAGGAUGAAGAAAGCAAGCGGUGAUGGUUACCAAUCACUGUGACUUGCGCCGAUCCCUCCGUAGAUUUGUCGUUAAGCGUAUUAUUUGCUUCUUUAAAGCCAAAGUGUGUAGUGUAUAAUUGAAUUGGGCUUUUGGGGUGGCGGUGGUGUUCAAUGGCUGCGAUGAUAAUAAGCCGUUAAAUAAAUUUGUGAGUUGAGCAUUACCACCGUAGGUAAUGUCACAUUCAAUCCCAAUGAAAUCAUUGUAGAAGUCAUCCACUGAAAUCAUUGUAAAACGACAGCCAAUUCUCUUUCUCAAAUAUUACUUUAUUCCUUUUGGAUUGGGUGAAGCUGCAUUUGUCAAAAAUAAAAAAAAAUAAAAAAUAGGAGUCACUUCCA